GCUCAGUGGGCAGCCAGGCAGUGCUCAGCUGGAGCUCUGGCUGCAGGAUCUCAGGUCCCAGCGGGAAGACCCUAAUCCACCAUGUGUUUUGCUAAGGUGGUGACAAGGAGAGAUGAGGGGAGAGUGGACCUGACUUCUCAGUUGCCGCCUGUGCCGGCCCCCCCUGGCUCAGCCCCAGCCCUGCUGACUGCUCCGCGCACAGCAGCCUCUGUCCCACCCUCCCUGGGCACUGGGGUGACCGCAGGGGAAAGUGAAAGUGAAGUCCCACAUGACCAGGCUUCUCUGAGGAGCAUGCUGUACAACUGUGUGGAUGAUUUCUGUGAUAAGAUGGGAAAUGAACCAGAAGAAGCACAGAUGGAGGCAGCCCUAGCAGAGACGGAGGAGGAACUCAGCAAGGAUGUCUGUGAAUUCAUAGAAGAUCACAUUCAAGAGAACCUUCCCGAAUCCCUGCAGGAGUCCAGUCCCUUGCUUCAGCAAGCACGGCAAGAAGUACGCCGCAGAAUCCAGAGACGCUCAGUCUCUACCUCUCUGGAGAUCCAGAAUCCUGAAGAACCCUCAGUCUCUACCUCUCUGGAGGUCCAGAAUCCGGAAGAAAGCAUAUGGGCCAGAGCCCUGCGGCGGUUCCAAGGCAUUCUGCGGAGUCUCCAGCAGAGGUGUUGGGAUGUGCUGACCUGGCUGGGGGAGAUGGCGGCGGCCUGCCUACAGGCCAUUUCCAGUGCAGUGAUAGCCAUCUUGGGAGCGCUGAUGAAUUUCUGCUUCCCUGUGGGGCACCUCUUCAGAUUCUCCAUCCAGGUUUAGGUGCCCCAGGUGGUUCUGGAGGAACUCCACCUCAUCCAGAAGGCCCUGCACGAUCCCCUUCCCGGAAUCCAUCUUCUGAAGCGACCUUUACCCUCCUGCUCACCCUCGACCCAUCCUUUAACUGCCCUCACCUCCUGUCCUGUCCUGCAGGGACGACACCACAGCAUCAGGCCAGGUUUCCCUUCUCCAGGUCUGAUCUGUCUGUCAGGCCCAAGGAUGUGGGAAUGGCUUGAAAGCCCAGAGGCCCCAAGGACCGAGGUGCCUUCCGUGGCUCAGCACGCCUCGGUGUCUCUGCCUGUCUCUCGGGACCCUGUCAGAUGGGGCGCUGAGCUGAUUCUCAGCAAGGGGGACCCCUGAGGGCCGGCUGUGGGUCUCACAGGAGGAGGCAGUGGUGGACCUUGACCCUGACGUCAGCAUCUUAGUGCCCUGAUCAUCCUAGGGCACCCAGCUUGAUGUCAGCUCAGGCCCCAGCAGGGCAGGAGACCUGGAGGAAGGCUCUCCCUGUCUCCUGGGCCUGAGCCUUCCUGUGUGAGGAGGACAGCAGCCUGUCAGGGAGUUCCUUGUGGCAGAGCCCCAUUCCGGCCACACCCUUCCUCCUUCCCUUCCAGGGGGUCCCUCUGACAGGCCUGACACUGGAAGGCCUUCCUCUGGCCUGAGUUCCCUGCUGCCAGGAGCCGCCCACUGCCAGGCCCUGAGCAGCUUUGGCUUCCUGGCCCUGUCCCUGCCUCACCUCCCCAUCAGUAUUCAAGUCUCUCACACUUGCCCCUGCGUUCUCCGGUGACCCUGUGCUAAACCUCCGCUUGACUAUUUUCUUUUUUUCUUUUUACAUAAUGACCUUACAACUGAUAUAUUACUUCUCACGAUGGUGAUGUUACUCCGUUGAUAUAAGUAGUCAGGUAUUUUUUGUUUAACACUAAAUCUCUUCCCCAUUUCAACAUCCAUAUGAGUUUGUUUUUUAUUGUUGUUGUUGUUGGUUUUAGAUUAAAUCUUUUCUCCAUUUCAA